AUGGCGAAAGAAAUCCUAAAAUUUCAUGGAAUGAUUGUCCCGAUUGGAUCACGUGAGUCAGUUACGAAGUUCUCCUUGUACUUGAUGGAGAACCAAAUUUAUAUUUCCCGCAUUUUCGAUGUUGUCACUUUGAAAUAGUGUUAGAUUUUAUCAAUUAGCCUCAGUAUGAUUUCUCAAACUUUAUUAAGACGUAUUAAGUGCGCGUGUGAUGAUUACUAACUGGACACACCACGCUUCAUCGAUUGUGUGGUCAGCAAAUCCGUUUGUAAAUUGAUCGCAGCAGAAGAAAGACUGAGGAGGUACUCAGUUUUACAACAGGACUAUGUGAUGACAUUCGCCUGGGGCAGCCUCGUUCUCGGUUUUUCGCCGGUCAUGCCCCUGGGACCCUGGGGCGAGGAAAGAAGGAAGAAGAUAAAUGCAAGGAAUUUGUUUGCCCCGGGAUGUCUUGAGGAAGUUUUGAUAGUGUGACCUAAAACUGUUCAUGAUUGCUGAGAGAAAUUUCAAAGAAACCUGCAAUUAGUAUAUUUCUUCUUUCAAUAAUUUGUAGUAAUUGUCGGAAGAGACAUAACGCUACCAUAGAGGAGUCGACUUGGGCUCCAGAUGUAGAGAAUAAGGCCGGUAGCGACUCAAACAGCUCAACACACCUACACAAGCGGUAAAUCCUAAUAUGGGAUAUCGCAUGGUACAAUUGAGCUCGGAGAGAAUUAAAUUGAAACUUCUAAACGAAACGUAGUCGGACAUAGACAGAUGCAGCCGGAGGGAGAUCGAUGAGAGAAAUGAGUGAAGAACGACUGAAAAAUUGGAAUAAACGGAGAGUUAUAGACAGGGAAAGAGGGGAACAUAUAUAGGGGGGGGGAGGCGAGACUGUUUGGAGAUGAAUUGCUGGAGGAGGUGAAGUAAUGACGGUGACUUCUCGUGAUUUACCUUUUCUAUCACGUUCUUUUUACAGGGCUCCUAACGAGGUUGCUGCGGCAGCUCUUUACGCCCACGAGGAAGUGCCGUCGACAACAGGAAUCGACGUUAGCCAUGUUCAGACAGACACACUGUGGACUCCUCGGUUAUGUCCCACUGAUAAAUUAGAAAGUAGUGGAGAAGAAGGGGAAUCGAACCUGACGGUUAAGAGCAAUUGUAGAGCUUCCGUUCAGGUUUUUUACUCUGCAAUGGAAAACCUUGCAGAGGUAUCAGGGCAAAAAAAAGUUGAUCAGCUGCAAUAUCAGCUGAAAAGCUGGGAUGCAUGUACUAAUGUAGAACGAGAAAAAUUCGUUUGUAAAGCGACUGAGGCAUGCAGGUUGGUUUGCAAUGUCACAGCACCAAAUGAUGGAGAGAAGCUGCUUCAAGCUCUCCAGGGAGAAAAAGUGAACGGCACGACUGCUGACCCUGGUCUAGAGGCGUUAGUCGCGGCCUAUAGGAGAGCGCCAUCUCACAUGCUAAGGACACAGAUCCUUAGUAUAUACGCGAAUAGGUUUAAAGUAAGCGAGUUGAAGGCUCUUCAUCUACCUUUUGAAAAUGUAAGUGAUAGGCAAAUAAAAAAGCCAGAGUGCAUAGUUCUUCUUAAGGCCCCGAUAUCCCAGUAG